AUGUCUCUCUAUUCAGCCACAAUAAUCAGUCAAGGCACCUCAUAUCCAAAUGAGCUUACCGGAUCCCUAUAUCAAUUCAUUGAAGAUACCCCGGGGGUAUUAUUUCACUCAAUCCAUAACUUAGCUGAAACCAAAGCCAUCGAUUUUAUUGUUCAAUUGGAACAUGAAGCCGAUCAAAAAGAGGUUGUUGCUUCAAUCACUCCAAAGUUUAAACAAUUUGCUCAAGAUUUCAAUGCUAAAAAAGAAAAGAAAGAUAGAAUAGAUUUGAUUUUGCAGCCACAUGAAGGUAGAAAAGAUAAGAAGUUAUUUAUUUUCGAUAUGGACUCCACAUUGAUCACUCAGGAAGUCAUUGAAAUGAUUGCUGGUUAUGCCGGCGUCGAAGACAAAGUUAGAGAGAUCACCGAAGCCGCGAUGCGUGGAGAACUUGAUUUCAAUCAAUCUUUAGCCCAGAGGGUGGGCUUACUUAGAGGUAUCGAGUCAGAAAAGCUUUGGGAUGAAUUAGAAUCUAGAUUGAUAGUUACUCCCGGUGCACCAGAAUUGACCAAAGGCUUGAAGAAGUUGGGUAUUACGUUAGGAGUGUUAUCUGGUGGGUUUAUUCCAUUGGCUAAUAGAUUGAAGAAGAAAUUGGGAUUAGAUUAUGCAUUUGCUAAUAAUUUAAAGGUGGAAACUGACUCUAAUACAGGGAAGGAAGUGCUUAGUGGUGAAACAUUUGGAGAGAUUGUCAAUGGCGACAAAAAGGCAGAAUUAUUGCAAAGGAUUGCUAAAGAGAAUGGAAUUGAUGUGAAAAAUGCUGUCGCCGUUGGUGAUGGUGCUAAUGACCUCAAAAUGAUGGGAGUUGCUGGCUGGGGCAUUGCUUGGAAUGCCAAGCCGAAAGUCCAGGAAGAAGCACAGUGCGCUUUGAAUUCCACCUCUUUGAGAGAUGUUUUCUAUAUUUUGGGAUAUUCUGAUCCGGAAAUAGAAGAUUUGAUCAAAUAA